AUGGCCUCAGACUCUCCGCGCAGACCCAGCCGCUGUGCAGGAGGAGUGAUGGUCAGAGCCCACGCCGUUACGGAGCAGUCGUACAUGGAGAGUGUGGUGACGUUUCUCCAGGAUGUGGUUCCUCAGGCCUACACUGGAGCGCCCCCUACUGACGAGAAGGAGAAGGUCAUCUGGGUGCGCUUUGAGAAGGCAGACAUCAAUGACACGGCUCGUAACCCAGAGUUCAUGGAAAUGCACAGCAGCAGCUCAGAGCCUCCUCUGUGCCUCAUGAUCGGAUACAGCGACGGUCUUCAGAUCUGGAGUCUGUCUUUGUCCGGAGAGGCUCAGGAGCUGUUCUCUGUCCGUCACGGUCCUGUCCGAGCGGCUCGCAUCCUCCCAGCGCCGCAUAUCAGCUCUGUGAAGACUGACAGCUUCUCCGACAAGAGGCCUCUGCUGGGGGUGUGCAAGAGCGCCGGCUCCUCUGGGACCAGUCCUCCUUACUGCUGUGCCGACCUCUACUCUCUCAGAACCGGAGAAAUGGUCAAAUCUAUUCAGUUCAAGACUCCAAUCUACGACCUGCACUGCAACAAACAUGUCCUGGUGGUGAGUCUGCAGGAGAAGAUUGCCGCCUUCGACAGCUGCUCCUUCACCAAGAAGUUCUUUGUGACAAGCUGCUUCCCGUGUCCUGGUCCCAGUCUGAACCCCAUCGCUCUGGGCAGCCGCUGGCUCGCAUAUGCAGAGAACAAGCUGAUCCGAUGUCAUCAGUCCAGAGGAGGAGCGUGUGGGGACAACGCUCAGUCCUACACGGCCUCUGUCAUCAACGCGGCCAAAACACUGAAGACCGGCCUGACCAUGGUGGGAAAGGUGGUGACACAGCUGGCCGGGACGAUCCCCGCUGGGACCCCUGAUGAGGAGGGGAGUCCUCACUGUCCCUCUCGCCGCAGUCCCCUCAUUCCUGGUGUCGUGACCAUCAUCGACACCCAUAGUGUUGGGGAGGGACAGGUUGUGGUGAGUGAGGAGUCGGACGGGGAGGGAGUCGUGGCUCACUUCCCAGCCCACGACAAACCCAUAUCCUGCAUGCAAUUCAACCCCAGCGGUAAGACCUAA